GAAUCAGGUCCCGCCCAGGGUGCUGUGAGCAGGAGGGAGCAUAGCCAGCAGAAGCCGCUGUUGUAAGGAGCACCUGUAAGCAGGCGGCCAAAGGAGAGGAGCAUCUUAAAGGAUGUUCUAGCUCGGGGGUUCCUGUAGGCCUUGGGCGAGACAGGAAGAAGCCGAGGACCUGGCCAUACCUGGAGGUGGAGACUUCGCUGGGCAGAGAGGACAGGCCCAGGCCCAGCCUCGGACCAUGACAACCCCUCAUGCGAUGGCAGACCACGACACACCCUCAUGUGAUGGCAGGCCACGCCUCACCCCCUCGUGCGAUGGCAGACCAUGACAACCCCUCAUGCGAUGGCAGACCAUGGAGCGAUGGCAGACCACAUCUCACCCCCUCGUGCGAUGGCAGACCACAUCUCACCCCCUCGUGUGAGGCCACGCCUCACCCCCUCGUGCGAUGGCAGACCACAACACCCCCUCGUGCGAUGGCAGACCACGACACACCCUCAUGCGAUGGCAGGCCACGUCUCACCCCCUCGAGCGAUGGCAGACCACAUCUCACCCCCUCGAGCGAUGGCAGACCACAUCUCACCCCCUCAUGCGAUAGCAGGCCACGUCUCACCCCCUCGUGCGAUGGCAGACCACGUCUCACCCCCUCGUGCGAUGGCAGACCACGUCUCACCCCCUCGUGCGAUGGCAGACCACAUCUCACCCCCUGGUGCGAUGGCAGACCACGUCUCACCCCCUCGAGCGAUGGCAGACCACAUCUUACCCCCUGGUGCGAUGGCAGACCACGUCUCACCCCCUCGAGCGAUGGCAGACCACGACACCCCCUCGUGCGAUGGCAGACCACAUCUCACUCCCUCGUGCGAUGGCAGACCACAUCUCAACAUCUCACCCCCUCGUGUGAUGGCAGACCACGUUUCCAGGAGAGCAGUGUGCUGGCAGCACUUCCAGGCCCCCUGCACUACUCUAAGCCACUUCCUAUUCCUGACCACGGCCACCUUGAAUGCCAGCACCUGCUCCCCAUGCCCAGGCAGAGGGCAAAUCAGAGCCUUAAGAUGUCAGCUUGGGCAACAUCCUGUCCACAUACCUAUCCUCAGAUGGGGAGUCUGAGGCCAGCGAGGGGCAAAGCAGUUAACCUCUUCGUGCUUCAGAAUUCUCAUCAGUAAAAUAAAGUUAUUUCCUGCUCUACUGGCCCAACCUGCUCACCUUACCCCACAUACCAGGCAGGACUUGGCCGUAACAGGCCUUAGUAUUCUCAUCUGCAAAGCGGAACUCCCCAGCUCCAUCCAAAAGCAGGACCUCCCAUCACCCCUUGUAGAGUGAUAAUGAGCAUCUAAUGACUCUGCAAGGCCCUGGGCUUAUUGUGUGAAUGUCUGAAAUGAGCUGCACUCCACCCUGAAAGGUCCAACAUGCUGUCAAAUGCAGGCAGGGUCCAGACACCAGGGCCAGGGUCCAGACACCAGACAACAGGCCCUACCAGAGAUGCCCUUCCUCCAAACAUCUCUGAGCUCUGGCUACCAGGGGCUCAGGCUGGGGCACUGGGGCCAGGGCUAUAGCAGUGCCCAGUCCCCAAGGCUCCCAGCUGGUGGGGAGACAGACAUUUAGAGUGACCUCCUGGGGUAACAGGACUGUGACUGGGGAAGCCAGCCUCGGUGGGCACUGGGGUGGAGGCAGGGGCUGGGAAUGGUGCCUGAAGUGAUGCUGCAGUCGGCUCCUGGGGUGGGCUGAAUGAUGGCCCCCAAAGAUACUCCCAACCAAAUCCCUAGAACCUGUGAAUAACACAAGGGACUUUGCAGAUCUGAUUAAGGAUUGCGAGAUGGGGAGAGACGACACUGGCUUAUCCGGGCAGACCCUGAAUGUAAUCACAAGUGUCCCUGUA